GCUGCCGAAGCAGUCAUAAUGAAGCAGAAGCAGUACUGCAACGCGCAACGUGCAUUACUGGCGCUGUUAUUGUCGAUUGUAGUUGCUAUCACAUUCCUCGGCAUCUUAUCAUCGCGCAUGAUGUCACAGCUAGACCUUUUGAGUAAUGACAGAAAGUAUGAAGUAAUAACGCGAGAGUUGGAAAUUGUACAACGCGAAAUGCAUAAAAUCAAGACAGAUAUUGAUAUGCUGCGCUUGAUGACCUCAUCACCGGGUACACCAACCUGGAAUACCUCCACGCUACUGAGCAGUCGAUUGGAACAUAUCGAAAAUCAGAUUGAUGACAUUGUUGAGAAGAUACAGGUAAUAGUUGCUCGUUUUUGA